UGAGUACAAAUCAACUGGAAAAUGUGUAAAACUCAAGCGGGUAUACAGAACACCGCCCAGUCUAAAAAUUGUUCUCCUGCCGAUUUAUAGAUUAUAUUAUUUUACUUCAAAAAUUUGCUUAAUAAUCGAAUAUUCUGAUCAUUUAUUAUAGUAGAUAAUUAAAUAAUAAACAGUUAGAAAUGUCUGCCAGCAAUGCUAAUUCUUAUACUUUGAAGAAAAACUACUUGGAAUGUUCUCUUUGUACGAAAGAGUGGCUGAAUAAUAGUCCAAAGCUUUUGCAGUGCCAACAUACAUUCUGCAAGAAAUGUCUACUUUCUCUAUUCAAGCCAAAAGAUGAAUCUACUUUUCAAUGUCCUAUAUGUGACAAAAAUACACUUUGGUCUCAGGACAAAAUUAAUGGAAUUGCAGAUAAUCUUGUUCCUGCAGAUCUUUUAUUAGACACAGACGACGCUCUAGAAAUUUCAUCAAAUUUUGGAAUUUGUAGAAAACAUAAAUUAAGAAUUAUAUUCUAUUGCCAACUUUGUGCCGUUCAAUUUUGUGUAGAUUGCCAUGAAAAUCAUAAAGAUCAUAAAAUAGUAACAAUAAAAGAUAUCAAUCAUAAUGAUUUUCAAAGACGUUGCAGAGAAAUACUAGAAAAUAUUCAAUGUCGAAUAUUUGCUACAAUGAAUCAUGCAAUAUCCGACACUGUCUCUCUGGAAGAUACACUAAAAGAUAUAGUCGACUGUGUUAAAACUAAAAUAGCAAGCGACAUUGAAGUUCGAUACUGUCAAGAAAUUUACCGAAUUGAUGAGCUUAAGAGAAAGAUAGCAUCUAUUGAUGAAUCUGAUGAAAUGUGCGUGGAGGCUAGAAAUGAAAUGCUUGGAGAAUUAAACUUAUUUGUACAAGAUCUUCAGUCUAAAAUUGCCAAUUCGAAUAGUAAAGGUAUUGAAUUGAAUAGAAAAAAGGGAUUCGAAUAUGCAAAUAUCUUUAUGGAUAUGUUCAGCGAGUGCCUAUCCGACAGAUUAUCGAGAGUUAACUAUACUGAAAUGGUAACUAGGUUGGAGAGUAUUUGCACAGAAAGAGAUUAUGAGCUGGUUAAAGAAUUCGAUAAAAAGGAGAGAAUUGUUACCUUUCCAUCAGCUGGUGAAAUUACGGCAAUCUGCGCAGAUCACCGUUCUACAGGUUACACUUACGUUAGUGUAAUGAGCACAGGCGGGACAGGAAAGAUAUACAAGAUUGAUGAAAAUGAUAGAAUAUCAGUUUUUCAGUUUUUCCGGAAACCAAUUAGGAGUAUUUUGUCGUACAAGAAGGAAUUAUUCGUCCUUUUAUCAGAUUCUAUGUUGCGCGUUUCGAACUUCCUUUCCUAUGAGAUAACUGUCCUAGCAGCUAUAGAUGAUGCUGUCGAUGCUUGUAUUGGAGACAGUAAUAGCUUUAUUUAUAUUACGAAGAACACGAUUGGAAAAUUAAUUAUUGGAUCAGAUUUUCGACUAAUUUCAAGAUGUGACCUAGGACCGAAAGAAAACGAGGACUCAGCUAACUACAAGAGUAUUUGUCCGUUAAGUAAUAGUCGUUUAGCGGUUUUGAGUGAAACUUUUAAGAAAGGUUCCUGUAUAUGGAUUUACGGACAGAGAACACGUGAUAGAUCAUUCGCAGAUUCGUUGGGUAAAAAGGCUCAUGAACCAAUUGGACCAUUACAAUUUGUACAUCCUUCUGGAAUUUGUUCAUUAAAGGGGAAAGGUAUGAUAAUAGCCGAUAAGGAAGCGAAAAGAUUACACCUAUUUUAUGGGAAUUAUACGAAAAAACCAUUAAUUGUUUCUUUAAAUUUUCAUCCAGAAUUUGUCAGCUAUUCUGAGAAGACUGAUGAAAUUUUCGUUUCAGAAGAAGGUACAAAUCGUUUACAUAUUUUUUCGUAAAGUAUAUCAAACGUAUAGUUUAACGUAUUUAAUAAAUAAA